UCAAUUUGGACGUUGCUUGUUUCCCGAUUCUUUCGUAAUUAUUAUCCUUUCUUUAUCUUUCUGUGCACCACGAAUAAAUCAGUAGCCAUCACCUGCUAAUCACACCUGGUUAUGAACAGUAAUGAUGUAAAUUGUAACCUGAAUUCUGAAUCGUUCGAGAAACUGUCUGGCUGUUUUUCCACCAAUCCAGGGUUUUCUUCCGCUCCGAUUCUGCGGAUUUUUAUUGACAUUCCUUGAUUAUCCAGCGCUGAUUCUCCGCGCCAUCUGCCUAGCCAUUCAGUUGAUCGCAUCUGUCUGAUUGUAAUCCGCGAUUGAUUUCCACGAUGGAGGACCCCAACGAAGCGCCCCCCAACUUCCUCCCGCACUCCCACUUCACCCCCUUUAUGCCUCCCGCCCAGAUUUACCCGGACCCCAACAUAUACUACCAUGCCCCCUACCCCCCGCCCGCCCCCCUGGGCAGUUGGAUGGCGGCGCCCCUGUCCAUGCAGCAGCAGUACGGCAGCGCCCCUGACAAUGGAGGGGCGCCCCUGAGUCCCGCCCCCGGGGAUGCGGAGAUGGCGGGGGGUGAGGGGGAGCCGGUGGCCGCCGACGAGGGGGAGCCGGGGGUCGGGCUGGAGGAGAAGCCCCUGGGGGAUCUUGCCUGUCAGCGUUUUCGGCGGGUAAAGCGCCGCCCGGAGGAGGUGGCGCAGCGGCAGAAGCAGAAGGCGCAGUCCAAGUUGGUGCGGCGCGGCCGCGGGAAUGCGGCGCGCUGGGGGGAUGGGGCGCCGGCGGUGGCGGCGGCGGCGGAGGAGGGCGAGGGGAUGUCGGUGGCGAACUCGGAAGCGGGCACUGCCAAUGCCGAAUUGGAAGCGGAGAUGGGCGAGGUGGUGGAUAAUCCGCCGGGGAACACGGUCGGGGAAGAGGAAGAGGAAGAGCCGCUGGAUGCCGAGGCGGAGGCCGAAGCGGACGAGUUCUACAGUCAGCUGAUCGAUCUGCCGGAGGAGGACGACACCGACGACGUCCCGGUCAAGGCCGACGCGCCCGGGAAGAAGAUGCUGCUGCGCCGCGGGAAUCUGCGCUGGAGUGAGGACGAAUGCGCGCUGUUGCGGCAGUGCGCGGCGCUGUACGAGACCAACUACUGCAUGAUCCAGACGGUGCUGACGCACCGCUCCAUCGCCGAGAUCAAGAAGCAGUUGGACCGGCAGCGCCACACCUACCCCAAUCUCUUCGCGCACUUCGCCAUGACGCCGCGCUUCCACACCGUCAACGAGUACUACCGCCACAAGGCGGCGCUGCAGCAGGACAAGCAGCGCUUCGAACGCGACAUGGCCGGACGCGGCGUCCGCCCCUGGGCGGACAUGCUCGGGCUGACCGAGUGCAGCCGGAAGUCCAGGAUAAAGAUGGUGGAAGUCACCAUCCCUUUGGGACAUGCACAUUCAAAUGGUCACACCUUUCAGCUGCGUGGACGUAUGAUAUCGAAAAAAUCAGGCCAUGGUGACGCGCCAGUGCAGCCGCCCGCGGAGGAAGCGCCGAAAAUGGCAAAGCGCGGGCGCAAGCGCAAGACGGCGACUUAAAUGGAGAAUUAUUCUGUUUAAUGUUUGAUCGGAGGAAUUUCGUGAUGAAUUAUAGAAGCUCGGUUGCUCGGAUUUUCGCUGACAGAAUGAUCUGGAAAUUAUUAUGCCUUUUUUUGCUAUGAAAAUGUUUCUGUUAAGGAGGUUUUUUUGUUAGUGCUGUGUUGGAAACUGAAUAAAUUUCUUGAUGAUUG